UCUCCUCUGCCGCUCCUCUCCUCCGUCUGUCGGCUUGCGCUGGGCCAUUUCUCCUGUAUGGUGGACAUCCUGCUCAACACUUCUUUCUUGGAUGAUAUGGGGGAUCAUUCAAAAAAGAAGUCGGGAAUCGCGAUGUGUGUGGGCUGUGGAAGUCAGAUACACGACCAGUACAUCCUGAGAGUCUCCCCGGACCUGGAGUGGCAUGCAGCCUGCCUCAAGUGCGCGGAGUGCAGCCAGUACCUGGACGAGACCUGCACUUGCUUCGUCCGAGACGGGAAGACUUACUGUAAAAGAGAUUAUGCAAGGUUAUUUGGCAUCAAAUGCGCAAAGUGCAACAUGGGCUUCUGCAGCAGCGACCUGGUGAUGAGAGCUCGGGACAACGUGUAUCACAUGGAGUGUUUUCGGUGCUCGGUUUGCAGCCGACACCUCCUGCCGGGGGACGAGUUCUCCCUGCGGGACGACGAGCUGCUGUGCCGGGCGGACCACGGCUUGCUGGUGGAGCGGGCCUCUGCAGGGAGCCCGCUCAGCCCGGGGAGCAUUCACACCAGACCGCUGCACAUCUCAGACGCGGUUUCGGUCCGGCACCCUCCUCAUCACCGGAACCACGUCCACAAGCAGUCCGAGAAGACCACCCGGGUCCGGACGGUGCUGAACGAGAAGCAGCUCCACACCCUGCGGACCUGCUACAACGCCAACCCGCGACCGGACGCUCUGAUGAAGGAGCAGCUGGUGGAGAUGACCGGCCUGAGCCCCAGGGUGAUCCGCGUCUGGUUUCAGAACAAGCGCUGCAAAGACAAGAAGAAGUCGAUCCUCAUGAAGCAGCUCCAGCAGCAGCAGCACAGCGACAAAACCAAUCUGCAGGGCCUGACGGGCACGGCUCUGGUGGCGGGCAGUCCGAUCCGGCACGACAACACCGUGCAAGGGAACCCUGUGGAGGUGCAGACCUACCAGCCGCCUUGGAAAACCCUCAGCGACUUCGCCCUGCAGAGCGACCUGGACCAGCCCGCCUUCCAACAGCUGGUGUCUUUCUCUGAAUCGGGCUCUCUGGGCAACUCGUCGGGCAGUGAUGUGACCUCUCUGUCGUCGCAGUUGCCGGACACACCGAACAGCAUGGUGCCGAGUCCCAUCGACACGUGA